AUGAGAAAUGUUGUACUGAAGAAGGAGAUGAAGUUCCCUAAUGCAAAGGUGUUCAGAGCUGCUUUGAGGGAGUAUGCAAUCAAAAAACCUAUUGACAUCAAAUUCAAGCUUAAUGAGAAGACCAAGAUAUCAGUUCACUGCAAGAAUGGGUGUGGGUGGAGAUGUUAUGCAUCUCAAAUAAGUGGAGAGCUAACAUUUCAAAUUAAGACCUUGACUGAUGACUGUACUUGUCCCAAGUCUUUCAAAAACAGCCAAGCAACAUCAGCUUAUGUUGCUAAGAGGUUCAUUGAGGAUUUUAGCAAAAAUCCAAAUUGGGAGGUGAGUGGUGUACACAACCAUGUGAUGCAAAAUUUAUCUGUUGACCUAAGUGUAAACCAAGUGUAUAGGUCAAAGAGAAAGGCAAAGGAUUUGAUAAAUGGAGAUGAGCAACUGCAAUAUGGUGUCCUUAGGGACUAUGCACAAAUGAUAACCACUGUAGACAAGGGGAGUAGGGUUAUAUUGCAGACAGAAAUGGCUGAGGAGACUUCCCAGCCAAAAUUUAAGAGGAUGUAUGUUAGGUUCAAUGCUCAGAAGGUAGGAUUUUUAGGUGGAUGCAGGUCAUUUAUAGGUUUAGAUGGUUGUCACAUAAAGCACAGAUUUGGUGGGCAAAUCUUAUCUGCCACUGCCAAGGAUGCAAAUGACAACAUUUUUCCAGUAGCCAUGGCUGUUGUGGAACAAGAAACCAGGGAGUCUUGGAUAUGGUUUUUGGAAAUUUUUGCUGAUGAUAUAGGGAGGCCAGAGGAGCUUCAGUUGGUCUUCAUUUCUGAUAGGCAAAAGGGGCUUAUACCUGCAAUAGAGACACUAUUCCCUACCGUGGAGCAUAGAUACUGUGUGAAACACAUCUACAACAAUUUCAAAGUUGAUCACAAGGGAUUGGAGCUGAAGGAUGCAUUGUGGAGGUGUGCUGCUGCCACAACAGUAAGGGAGUUUGAGAGAUGCAUGCAGUACAUAAGGGAUUUGGAUGAAAAGGCAUAUGAGUAUCUUGCAAACAUUGCACCUGCACAGUGGACAAGGUCACACUUCACUCCUAGGGCCUUAACAGAUUGUUUGGUAAAUAAUUUGAGUGAGUCUUUUAAUGCAAUGAUAUUGAAGUCUAGGGACAAGCCUAUCUUGGCAAUGUUGGAGUGGAUUAGGGUUAGACUUAUGACUAGACUUUACACAAAAAGGGAAGGGAUACAGAAGUAUGCUGGAAAGUUGUGUCCAAGCAUACAAGAUAGGUUGGAGAAAUUGAAGGUUGAAAGUAAGGCAUUUAGUGCUACCCCAGCUGGUAGUUUCCUUUAUGAGGUAGGCAGUCAGUAUGAGAGCCAUUUAUACAAACAUUGA